UCCCAGCGGCUGCUGGCUCGGCUGCCCCUCUGCAGUCACGCUGGCCAGCUGGCGACCUCUCAGGUGUCACUUUUCCACCACGGUAGGGAGACACAAUGACACAUUGACACUCUGAAGAGCUCGACGGUUCCCAAAACUAAACCAUGGUCCUCCACCAGGCCAUCCGAGCGGCCCGAGCGGGCGACCUGCACGCGCUGCGGGAACUGGCGUCUCGCGGCCUUCUCUCGCCCGCCGUGGACGCUCAAGGCGCCGGCCCGGUGCACCACGCCGCCCGCUGCGGCCGCCUGGAGUGCCUCCGCUUUCUGGUGAGUGAGCACGGCCUGCCACCCGACGCCCGGGCCGCCAACGGGGCCACGCCGGUCCACGACGCGGCGGCCACAGGACACGUGAGGGAGCUGAGGUGGCUCCUGGAAGAGGCGGGAUGCAGCGUGGAGGACCGGGAUGCCGCCGGUGCCACUGCACUGCACCUGGCUGCCCGCUUCGGCUGUGCGGAGGCGGUCCGCUGGCUGCUGUCCGUCGGAGGCCCGGCGAUGGAGGAAGCGGAGACCGAGUGCGGAGCCGUGGCAGCUCACUACGCCGCCUUCAAUGGGCACCUCGACUGCGUGGAGCUGCUUGUUGGCCACGCGCCGCGGUGCGUGAACAGGCAGAUGUCCACAGGCACCACGGCGCUCUACUUGGCGUGCCAGGAGGGGCACGUGAACGUGGCCGAGUACCUGGUAAAGCGUUGCGAAGCCGACGUACACGUGAGGGCGCACGACGGCAUGACUUGCCUGCACGCCGCCUCGCACAUGGGCCACAUCCGUGUGGUGACCUGGCUGUUGACCCACACCGAGGUGAACCCAUCCUGCCAGGACGGGGACGGUGCCACCGCGCUGCACUUUGCCGCCAGCAGGGGGCACUCCCGUGUCUUGGAACGGCUGCUUGGUGCCGGGGCAAAGAUCCUGAAGGAUUUGUGGGGCGGGACGCCAUUACACGACGCCGCUGAGAACGGAGAGAUGGAGUGCUGCGAACGGCUGCUGGCCAGCCAUGCCGACCCCUCUGACAGAGAUAUGGACGGGUUCACGCCUACCCAGCUGGCCCACUACAACGGACACCACCUGUGCGCCAAAUACCUGCGAUCCCACGAGAACCUCGUCAUCGCCGUCCCAUCAACACAGGAAGACGUCAUGAAGACGGCCGUGACCGUCAUGGACACCUUGAAGCAACCCGAGAGCGAGGAGACGGUGGCGGCCAGGUACCCGCGGCCUUCCAUGAGCAUCAUCCCGCGCAUUGAGAAGAUCCAAACGGCCACUUCUGUGAUUCAAGGUCUGCAUCGACCAAAGAGGACGCCACCCGACGCCAACAAACUCCUCGCCGACAGAAAGCUCCUCGGCGACAUGAAGCCCAUCGUGUCACUCAAACAGUCGUCCCUUUCGGGUGUCUUCACCGGACAAGCCAGUAAGAUGGUGGUCUUGCCCACCGAGGAGGCCAACCUGGCCGACAUGGACUACCUGGUGCCCAGCCACGACGAGAAGGGCCGGCCUAUCGCCGAGUGGAAGCGGCAGGUGAUGGUGAGGCAGCUGCAGGCCCGACUGCUGGACGAGGAGGACCAAAGGUUGAAGGAGAACGGCCGGAGCUUGUCCAAAGUCAACUGGUGCUACUCGCAGGCCCACAACGCCAUCCUGGGUCCGUCGGGCGAACUCCUGACCGAGCACGACCUGGCCUACCUGGAGCAGCAGAUCGCCAGCCUCACUAGACGACCCCCACUUUUUCGGUCUUAUUUCAAUGCAAAAAACACCGUCUUAUAUUCGGGCCAAUACGGUAUUCUUCUUUUUAGGCUUCACAGGCAGCAAGCCCUCUACUCCCCGGAGCAGUUCCUCCCACGCAUGGAUGGCGUGCCGCUGGAGUACGACAAGUUGACGCUGGACCUCUUCAUGCUGGGCUAUUUCCACAUCCUGGAGUUGGACCUGCCGGUGGACGAGCGCAAGAUGAGGCACCUGCUGUGCUUCGAGGUCUUCGACCACGUCGGCAGCUUCCCCUGGGAGCUGGUGCGCGACUUCCACAAAGCCGUCCUCCAGGACAUUGCGGCCGGCGACCGCGAAUGGAAGGACGGCUUCGAGGACCUGAAGCUCAAGUUUUUCGGCGGGGCGACAGCCGGGCGUGAGCGGGUCACUGCCGAGGCAGAGGCGGAGACAGAGGCCGAGACACAUCAGCUUCCAGAGAUUCGGCCGCUCCCCAAAGUCAUCGUGCAGACACCCACGCCGGAUGAGGGCUCGCUCUAUGUCGGGACCGACAUCUCCUGUUUCAGCAAUGAGGAAAUAUGCCAAUACAUCGACCGCAGCUUUGCCUUUUGGAAGGAAAAGGAGGCGGAAAUUUUUGAUUUUGAAUAGUUGCUCCGGUUUUCAUCAGUGAUGCAAUGCAUUUUAUCUC